AGUUUAUUUGACAACUCCUGCGAGAUGACAUUCAGUGAUCCUGAGAGAGUCUGCGAGGAGGCACAGCAAUACCUCAAGAAGAUCGAUCAUCUGCCGCAGUUCCAGGACCCCAGAGCUAACGGAACGCUGGUUGAAACACCGUAUGGAGUUGGCAUCCUAUGUGGAGUGGAUAGCCACGGCCGAGCCUCUGUGCAGCUGGGCACAAUGCGUCUCUGUAUCAAGCAAGCUCUGGUACGAUUCCUCCCCGAGAAGAUACCCUCCGGGAAGGACCUGGAUGGCUCAGCUGCUGCCCUCAACGAGAAUUUGAAACGUGAUCUUCCGCUGGCUGAAGAAGAGAUGUGUUUUUUCGAGAGUGAUCGAAAAUGCAAGCGCUUUUAGAUCUUGCUACCUGCUUGUACGAGUUCCGUAACACUGCUAUCGGUGAUUUAAGCCCAUCCGCUUUGGCUGAUGGCCACGUGGGUGUGAAGGCACGUCAAACUCGGGGGC